AUGAUCUCUUCACCAAUUCAAAGCCCAAAAUAUCUAAAAAUGUUUGUUGGGCAUAUUGUUUUGGUUAACUAUCUUCUAUCAAUUUGCUUUAUUCAAAUUGCUGCUUCCAACAACAACGAAUUGGACAAAGAGGAAGACAAUGGCUUGAAUGUAUUCAAAGAAAGGGUGAAGAGAGGAGAAGAAACACAAUGGCCUCUUUCUCCAAAAAUUACUAUUGGAAUAUUGGUUGCCUUGGUGGCUCUGGUAUUGGCUUGCUCUAUAUUAUCUUAUUACUACUAUACCUUCUAUACCCGUUAUAACAAGGUGAAAGCUGAGCUCGACUGGAAAAAAUUUGAGCUCGACCGUGAAAAGCGUUAUAAUCGUUUAAUGGAAGCCAAGAUCUCUAAGAUGAUGGAAAAGGAUAUUGCCGAGAUGGAAAAGAGUGAAAAGAUGAAAAGAAAAGCUAAAGGAGAAGAAGAUGAAGUGUAUAAAAUUAAAGAAGAUAAGGAUAAAGAAGAUAAGAAUAAAGAGGGUAAAGAUACUAGUAGGAUGGCUUUCAUAUAA